AUGAGGUGUGACUACGGCGUGUUGGGCAACAAGGAGGGCUCGUUCCUGUGGAUGGUGAAGCGUGACCCGCCCUCCUACUUCUUCGGGACCAUCCACGUGCCGUACACCCGCGUCUGGGAGCACAUCCCCAACAACACCAAGCGCGCCUUCCGCCUCAGCGACAACGUCUUCUUCGAGCUCGACCUCACCGACCCCUACACCGUGUCGGCCCUCACCACCUGCCAGCUCCUGCCCAGGGGGGAGAACCUCUCGGACGUGCUGCCGGGCGAGCUGUUCACGCGGCUCAAGCGACACCUGGCCUACGUCAAGACCCAGAUGCCGCGCUGGAUCACGCAGGACCAGCGCGGCCGAGGCCUCUACGCUGACUACCUCUUCAACGCCAUCACGGGUAACUGGGAGAGGAAACGGCCGGUGUGGGUGAUGCUGAUGGUGAACAGCCUGACGGAGAGCGACAUCCGGAGCCGCGGGGUACCGGUGCUUGAUCUGUACUUGGCGCAGGAGGCGGAGCGGCUCACCAAGCAGACCGGCGCCGUGGAGCAUGUGGAGGAGCAGUGCGUCCCCCUCAACGGCCUCAACUUCUCGCAGGUGGUCUUCGCGCUCAACCACACACUGGCGCAGCAGGAGAUCCUGAGGGAGGGCGAAGGGCGGCUCACCUACACCACGGACCACCUCAUCACGCACUACAACUGUGGUGACCUGGAUGCCGUGAUCUUCUCGCAGGACACGACGCAGGUUCCACACUUAGGCAACACGUCCUUACCGCCCUUGGACGCCGCCAUCGCCACACACAUCGACGAGUACUUCCGCGAGGAGCUCAUCUACCGCCGCAACCAGCGCAUGGGCCGCCGCGUCGUGGAGAUCCUGCGCGACAACCCCGACCAGAGCUUCUUCUUCGCCUUUGGAGCAGGCCACUUCCUCGGUAACCACACCGUGCUGGACGUGGUGCGUGCUGCGGGCCUGGCGGUGCAGCACGUGGGCCCAGAAACCAGGAUAAAGAGGCAUAAGAGGCGGCGCGGCGGCCACAGGGGCGGGCUGGUGCCUGAACCCUCGGUGCUCAAGGACUUCACCAGCACCCUCGACGCCCGCCACCAGCACGACCCCGCCUUCGCCAAGAUCUUGUCGCAGCAGACGGCGGGAGGGCGCGGGCGACGGCCGGGCACCCCCACCACCACGCAGCCCUUCAGGAAACCCGCCCCGUUCAAUGAUCUUUGGGUUAGAAUAGAUCCCGACCCGCCCACGUGGUAUGACCAGCACUCGUGUAGCUACCACGAGGCGGCGGCCAACGAGGCGACGACGACCAACGAGCCUGUGGACCCCCGAGACGAGGAGCUGGUGCGGGAGUCCCUCAGGGUGUGGUACGGCCUCCCCGCCGCCACCCGUUCCGCCACGCCCCAAGCCGCCACGCCCGCCCCCGCCGUCCUUCUGUUGAUGAUGCUCCUGCUGGGCCUCCUACACGUCAGCAGCCCGUCACUACCUCAGCCACGAACGUGCUGUGGCCGGUGAUGGCAGAGUGCCCGCCAACGUUCUGCUCUUCUCGGCAGCCAAAGUCCAGCCUCCGCCAGCCGCCGACGGACGCCAAGCUCGGUGAGGCGGUGCCGUCCUCUACGCUGCCGCUGCUGUCCCCUCCACCACCACCACCACCUCACCAAUUGUCCUUGAACUGCUAACAGAUUUUAUAUAUGUUCUUUAGAAAAAGGAGUGUUUAUAAAGUGUGUAACAUGUAUUUUGUCUCGCCCGACGAAGUGUUGUUCGUCCGGGAACUAGGCGCUGCGUUGGCAGCCAGACUUGACCUCCGCCGAGGGUGUCGAAGAACGGUGCCCGAGCCGCGUGCAGGGUGGCUGAGUGCCGCGUGUAGACAGUGAAUUGGUAGAGUUAAUACUGCUUCGUGUGGCAGGAAAUACCGGAUCUACGAAAACCUUAUGCUAAUCUAUAAAAAAAAUACUCAUUUAAUUUUGUAGAUAAGACAAUCGAAGAGUCGUUGUGGGUUACGAUGGAUGCAGUGUCUCGAUCCGUCCUCUGUCACAGCAUGAGGGUGUUGUUUGCCCGUCUCGCGUCUGCCACGGAGGUCGCAUGCACUGUCUGGAAUCCAGAGAGAUGACGUCAUGCCCUGUUGUCUCCUGAAUUCAGUGCUGGAAGAAUAUAAACAAAAUGCCAAACAAGUCGAAGCUUUAACAUCGCUUAGUGGCUCUAAAGGGCUCUCCAAACCAGGAAACUGUUUCCCAUGAGUUUCCGACUGUUUCCAGACUGUUUACAAACUGUUUGGAAACAUUUGUAAAACAAAGUUUCCAUAAUGUUUUCAAACAGUUAGGAAACAGCUAAGAGACAAUUAGCAAACAAUUUUGAUGCUUAUUUGUUUUCCAUCUAGAAAGGGAAACAUUGAGUGUGUGUGUG